AUGAACGAAGAUGAAAUUAAAAAAGCAUUUGCUGAGGGAAAGAUUCAGAGAAAGAAGAUCGAUGAUGAUGUUCAACAAUUCAUCGAUGAUGCAGCAAAUAACCGUAUAGAUGCUCUCAAGGCAGUGUUACAAGACGAAUCAAAGCGUGUAAAGCUAAUCAAUGAAGUUGAUGCAAACAGACGUUCAUCACUUCACUUUGUUUGUCAUAGUGGAAACAUUGAAACAUUCGAUCUGCUCAUCGAUGCCAAAGCUAACAUCAACUCAUUAGAUUUCGUAAGUAAAACUGUUACACUACCAACACUUUAA